AUGAAUAACAACAACAAGCAAACAUUGAAACUAGAUGACGAACAGCUUACAGAGCUACGAGAAAUCUUCCGAUCAUUCGACUGUAACAACGAUGGAAGUCUCACACAAUUAGAACUCGGUUCUCUCUUACGUUCCCUAGGACUAAAACCACGUCCAGAUCAGCUCGAAACGUUAAUCCAAAGGGCGGAUACGAAUAGCAAUGGCUUAAUCGAAUUCUCCGAAUUCAUAGCCAUAGUGGAACCAGAACUCCUACCGGAGAAAUCUCCGUAUACGGAAGAUCAACUUGUGGAGUUAUUCAAGAUGUUUGAUCGAGAUGGAAAUGGGUAUAUUACGGCAGCGGAGUUGGCGCAUUCGAUGGCGAAACUAGGGCAUGCAUUGACUGUUGAGGAGUUGACGGGAAUGAUUAAGGAAGCGGAUACGGAUGGGGAUGGGAGGAUUAGCUUUCAGGAGUUUUCUCAUGCUAUUACUUCGGCUGCUUUUGAUAAUUCAUGGUCUUGAUUUCUUUCCUUCUUUUAUAUUUGAGUGGAUUUUUAAAGUUGGCUUUAACUUUUGCUUUGUGGAUCAUAACUUGGUAAAUAAUUUC